GUCCCCUCAGCGUAGCCAGAACAACUCAGGUACUACUAACCAAUAUACCACGAUGUUGUCGUCAGCCAGGUUGUUGCUGUGGUUCCGUGCUACUGCACUCCUGCUCCAGGUUGUGCUGGGCGAUAAAGUUAAUGAUUGUGGUGGGAAGCCAGCUGAGAUCGUCUUCGUGCUUGACUCUUCCAGUAGUAUCUACCCCGAAGACUACGCUGAGCAGAUACGUUUUGUCCGAGAUGUCGUCGACAUCUUCGACAUUGGAGAGGACAAAAUGCGAGUCGGCGCCAUUGCCUUCAGCGAUGACGUACACCCUCAGUUCGACCUGGGGUCCAACUUGGAUAAAGAUUCGUUAGUAGCCGCAGUGGAUAACAUCAAGAACUACGGAGGUGGAACGCACACGGACAAAGCUUUGAAAUAUCUCCGCAAGGUGGCGCUCAGUGACGAUAAUGUCCGACCGGGUGUACCAAAAAUAGGGAUCGUCCUCACUGACGGGCUGUCUAACACCCCAGACAGGACCAAAGAAGAGGCGUAUCUUGCUAGAGAAGAGGGUAUUAUUAUGUUCGUUGUUGGCAUCGGAUGGGGCGUGGACGAAGACGAGCUGGCUGCCAUUGGCAGUGAGCCCAAGGAAAACUUUAUUCUUCAGAUCGAUGAUUUCUUUUCUUUGUCAUCUAUAAAAGAUAAACUUGCCAUCAAAGCGUGCAAAGCGGAAGAACAGCUGAAGCCGAUUCACCCAGCAGUUACGGAAAUCUCUGAAGUCAUCAAGGAAGCUUGUGGAGGGAAACCGGCUGACGUUGUUUUCGCUCUGGACACGUCCACCAGUAUAUAUAUGGAGGACUACCACAAACAGCUGCAGUUCGUCAAGGACGUCGUGGACAUGUUUGACGUCGGACAGGACAAGACGCGUGUCGGUCUGUUGACGUUCAGUGAUGACGCUUACCCGCAGUUCUCACUGACGUCUUUCCAGUCCAAACCGGCUCUUCAGGAUGCCAUUAUGAACGUUACCUACACGGGAGGUAAUACCUUCACCGACCUAGCCCUGAAAUUCAUGCGGGAGACCGCCUUUCAGCCUAGUAAUGAUCGUCCUGACGCAGUCCGCAUCGGAAUCAUUUUGACCGAUGGCCUGUCACAUGACACAAAAGCGACCGUGAAGCAAGCGGCCUUGACCCGCAGGAACAUCAACCUGUUUGUGAUCGGAAUUGGGCCUCAGGUCGAUAAACAGGAGCUGGAUGCUAUUGCCUCAGAGCCGAUGGAGGAAUAUCGCUUUACAACAGACGAUUUUGAUGCUUUACAAUCCAUCAAGAAAAAGUUGGCCAUAAAAGCUUGCGCUGUUGAAGUAAAACCGGAAAUAAUGGCUGAUCAGUCAUAUGGUGGUGACUGUUUGACAAUGGCACCGACAGACUUAGUUUUCGGCGUUGACUCGGCUAGAUUCGGCGAGGCCACCACGUGGCACAUUUUGAAGUUCAUCAACAAUCUAAUGAUGUCAUUUUCCAUUGGUUCCGAGGCGACUCGAGUCGCCAUAGUAACGACCUCGUGCUCACAGCAGAAUGAUAUUUCUUUGUCAGACCACUUUAGUAAAACGGAAUUUCAGCACCAGCUUAUGGAUUUCGAGAAGGGCGACUAUAGCGACUUAAUGAGAAAGGUACGUAUGUCGGGAUUCUCCGGAGAUAAGGGCGCUAGAAACUCCGCUGCUAAAAUAACGCUACUGUUUCUAUCUGACCAACCCACAGAUAAAAUAGCGCUUGAGCGCGAAUUGAAAAGGGCUAAAUUUCUAGGGAUUAAAGUUUUUGCAAUUGGGUUUGGGGUUGGUCUGGAGAAGGAACUACUUAUUGAACUAUUUGGUGAAGAUUUUGGUCAGUACUUCAUCGCUGCCGAUAGCGUCACUAAACUAGAGGACAUCCAUGGCCACUUGAUUGAUAUGCUGUGUGGGGGAUUCAUUCCUGACUUCGGCUCAGUGAGACUGGCUCGAGAGAUCAACCUAUUUACCUAAGCUCACUACAGAAAAUACCUGACGAAAAAUUACCCUUGUAUUUAUAUAUUCACUCCCCAAAAUAAUAAAUACAGUGUGAAGUUA